UUCUGAUGGAUUUGACACUCAUCUGGAAACCUUGGAUAGGUAUGAAGAUAUCGGGUUGGUUUUUGAGUAUGUUUGGGUUCUGAGUUGUGUAGUUAAAUGCGGUUUUGGAUUUAAUACUUCGAGUUGGGAGUUUUCAGAAGGGCAAAUAUGGACAUAAUAAAGCUGGCCAAGGUGGAAAAUGUGCGGAUGAUCGAUAGAUAUAGUUCCAAAAAUGCAAUUAUUGGAACGCUUUAUCUUACUGCCACUCAUUUAAUUUUUGUGGAGCCGGAUACAAAUAAAGAGACAUGGAUUUUGCACAUGCAUAUUGGCAGUGUGGAAAAACUUCCCUUGAGUACCACAGGUUCACCGCUUCUUAUUAGAUGCAAAACUUUUCUCUCAGUGACGUUUAUUAUUUCAAAAGACAGUGAAUGUCAUGACAUAUAUACAUCGCUUAUCAAAUUGCAUCAACCAAUGCACAUCAGUAAAUUAUAUUGCUUCAGUUAUUCACCUGGCCAAGUAAACGUUAUGAAAAAUACAGGAUGGAACUACUUUGCCCUAGAAAAUGAAUACAAAAGAAUGAGUGUUCCCAAUGACAAAUGGACACUCUGCACUUUGAAUCAGAGUUAUCAAUUAUGUGACACUUAUCCAGCGCAACUGUUUGUACCUUCAGAUGUCGGUGAAUCAACUUUAGUAGGCAGUUCAAAAUUUCGUUCUAAAGGCCGAUUGCCUGUUUUAACAUAUUUAAAUCAUAAUAUGGCGGCAAUUUGCCGAUGUAGUCAACCAUUAUCCGGCUUUAGUGCACGUUGUCCAGAAGACGAACAGAUGCUUGAGUGUAUUCGCAAAGCAAAUCCAAAUGCUAAGUUUAUGUAUGUGGUGGAUACGAGACCGAGGAUAAAUGCAAUGGCAAAUAGGGCAACUGGAAAGGGAUAUGAAAAUGAGGCUUUCUACGAAAAUAUCAAGUUUCAAUUUUUGGGAAUUGAAAACAUUCACGUUAUGCGGUCCAGCCUGCAAAAGCUUAUCGAGGCAUGUGAGCAAAAGUCACUUACAAUGAGUGGGCUUUUAAAUACGUUAGAAUCUACAGGAUGGUUAAAACAUAUUCGUUCUAUUUUGGAGACAUCUAGAUUCAUAGCUAAUGCAGUAAAUAAUGGGAUAUCUGUGGUUGUUCAUUGUUCAGAUGGAUGGGACAGAACAGCUCAAGUUUGUUCUAUGGCCGCGAUUAUGUUAGAUCCAUUUUAUAGGACUAUUGAAGGAUUUCAGGUGUUAAUUGAAAAAGAUUGGCUGGCAUUUGGUUAUAAAUUUAGCGAUAGAUGUGGCCAUUUACAAAUGGAUUCCAAAGAGGUAUCACCAAUUUUUAUACAAUUUUUGGACUCCACAUGGCAAUUGAUGAAUCAACGGAACAACUUUUUCGAAUUCAAUGAACGAUUCUUAUUGAGUAUACUCGAUCAUGUUUAUUCAUGCCAAUUUGGAACUUUCAUUGGGAACUGUGAAAAGGAUCGGUUAGAAUUGAAACUUUCAGAGCGUACAUAUUCUUUUUGGUAUUAUCUAGCAAAUAAUUUGAACGAAUAUGUAAAUCCCUUGUAUAAUCCCGACGAAGUUGGAAUUAUAAUACCGGACCUAGCAGCUCAAAACAUAAAAUAUUGGCGUGGCAUGUAUAGCAGAUUUGAGAGCGGUGUGCACCCUAGAGAACCUAUCGCUGAUUAUCUUUUAGUCAGCCGGGAUCAUAGCGUAUCGUUGAAAGAUCAUAAAACAUUCCUGUUAAAAAAAAUUGCAACCUUGCAGAGCCAGAUAUCUAAAUGGAGUUCUUCAGGGCUUUUACAUUGUGAAAACUCCACUAUGUCAAGGGGUUGCCCUGAUGGAUUCGGUUUGGAUAAAAAUCUUGGCAAAUUAGAUCAGCGGAAUUACAGUAGCGCUUUAAAAUAUGUGGAAUUUAAAUUGCCGGAAACUUGUAAGUUUGUCGAUGAAUUAGCAGGACUCAGUUCAAUGUCGAUCGACUGGAAGCAUCUUAGAAAUUCAUCCUCAUGUUCUUGUUCAGCGCCGUUCGAUCAAUUCAGUAAAAAGAUCCAUUGUUGGAAAUGCGGACAUAUAUUUUGCUCACGCUGCGUAGAGAAAGCGAUUCCACUUUUAGGUGAAAAUUCAGCAAAUAGGGUGCCUAUGUGUAAACCAUGCUCACGCUCGAUUCAAAAAGUUAGCCCAUAAGUUUAUAAGUAGUGAACUUUAAAUAAAACUUUAAAAGUUUU